AUGGCCCAGGACAAGGGCGUAGUUGCUUACGACGCUUACAUUGCUCAGCCUACCUUCGAGUUCGAUCGAUUUCGGCUGCAUCCGCCGCAGGAACCUCGAAAUUUUCGUGGAUCGAUAUCGCUACCAGUGUGCUACAAAACAGACUGGUGGGCUUGCGAUGUUUCUCGUCGACGUCCGUCUGCUAUGUUCCGGUUUUUCUUGUUGACAGUUCUUGCGUUCGUUGGCCUUUAA